AUGCAGGUCCCACAGCCCGACGCCGCGGCAGUGCAGUUGCCGCUCGGCACCUCGCAGGCGGCCCCCUCGCGGCGACUGUGGUAUGACUCUCUCCCUCGGCCGGUGCCGCGGCCGCUCAGCCGGCCAGCCGAGGGAGGGAGCUCGGCCGCCAUCCGGUCAGCCUCCUCCGAUUUGCACAGUGCCCCGGCCGGGGGCACCCCUCCGGCGGCCUUUCCGCUGGACAUUCGUCCCCUGCUGGCGGUCCCGCCGAUCGUGGCCCUCGGCGAGGAGGGGACCGACAGCAGCGAUGACGAUGGUCCUGGCGGCCCGGCCGAUGAUCCCUCCGACGGGGAGGCCAGCACCGACGCCCGGCAAGAUGACGAACUCCAUGCCGGGCGCCGGGCGGUGUUGGCUCACUUUGACCGGGCCGAUGCGAGGCUGUCGCCAGCCAAGAGGGCCGCCCCUCCGGCGGCGGCCGGCUGGCGCUUUCUCCAGCACAUGUCGCACCGCCUGCUGGCCGACUACCGGCGCCGGGGGGAUUCGAUCCUCGGCCUGUCCACGGUGGCCGGGUCGGACCUGUCCCCGAGCGCCGCCGGCAAGGCCACCUCCACCUUCCUCGCGCGGCGGCGGCGGGGGCGGGGGCGGGGGCGGCCUCCCGGCCCGGGUUUGUCGGAUCACGCGCGGGACCUGCUGCUGCGUCGGCGUGAGAGCCCCGGGCCGGGGCAUUUCCCCGGGGCCGGCCUGCCUCCCUUCCGGGGCAAUGCCGCUGCCUGGGUCCCUGCGCUGGCUCGGAUGGCGGUCGGCGUGGAUGGGCAAUUUUUCCACCUGGCCGGAGCCGGCGGCGGGGCCAGCGUCGGGGCGCGCCGGCUGGCCGGCGACCCGGCCUCCACCGAUGCCAGCCCCGCGGCUCGUGUCACCGGGCGGCGCUUCCGCUACCUGGCCAGCACAUGCGGCCACCUGAGCGCGGUCUAUUGCGUUCUCUUUGACCGGGUCAGCCAGCGCAUCAUCUCCGGCUCCGAUGAUUACCUGAUCAAGAUUUGGUCGUUGGCCGAUUUGCGCCUCAUCAUGACCCUGCGCGGUCACACGGGUGAAAUCGUGGAGCUCGUCAUGAAUGCCGACAACACCGUGCUGGCCAGCUGCUCGCUCGACAUGACGGUCCGCCUGUGGGACCUGCGCACCGGGCGGCCGCUGUGUGUCCUUCGCGGGCACACCAGCUCCAUGGUGUCCAUCAGCUUCCUGCCCUCGCUGCCGGGCGCCCCGAUGCAUCUGCUCACUUCGUCCAAGGAUGGCGCCUGUCUCCUGUGGACUCUGGCCCCCGGGGGCGAGGAGGUCCUCGGCGCGCCGGCCCUCUUCCGCCCGACGUACCCCGGGGCCGGGCCGCACCGCAUCUCGCCGACCGGUCGGCCCCUCCCCGGGGGUGCCUCCGGGUCGGCCGCCGGGGCUGCCAGCCCUACCGGGCCUCAUGGCGCUGCUGCCGCCUCCAGCGCCACCACCACCACCUCCUCCUCCUCCAGCGCCACCCCGAUGGUCGAUCUGGCCGACGAGGCCGGGCCACCAUCGAUCCUGGCGCCGGAUGUGUCAUUGCACUUUGUCCGGCUGUCGCCCGGAGGCACCCGCAUUGCGGUCGGCUACUCGGAUGGCUCGGUGCGGCUUUACUCCACGCUGCCGGUGUUGCUGGCGCCGGAGGCCGGCACCGGGACCAAUGCCCUGGCAUCGCCGUCCCCGGCCGCGGCGCGUGCCGGCUCGCCCGGUCCUCCCGGGUCGCCGGUGGCCGGCUGCCUGGCGAGCGAUCGCGGGUCGCCCGGCCCGGGGCCCGGGGCGCGUGCCAGCCCGGGCCCGACCAACUUGUCCGGCAUCACCGACCCGCUGGCGGUCAGUGGGUCGUACUUCGCGGAUCUCCUGCGUAGCACGGAGCACCCCGGCGACCCGGACGAUUGGUCGCUCUCGGCCGAUCUGCUGGACGCCUACCAGGCCGAGGCCGAGCAGCUGGCCGCCGGUGUCAAGCCAUCGGGCUCCAUGGCCGAGGGGGGCACUGCGGAGGCCGCGGCCGCGGCCGCGUCCGGUCCUCCAGGGACCGCCGUGGCCACCUUCACCGCCACGCUGGCCACUCCCUCCUCCGCACCGGGGUCCUGCCUUUCCUCCACCUCGUCCUCCCUCUCCUUCUUCUCGUCAUCCUCCUUGUCGUCGUCGUCGUCGUCCUCUUCGCCGGGGCCCUCCUCCCCGGCGGGCUUCUCCUCGUCGCCCGGUUCCUCGUCAGCGUGCCUGCCGACGGCGGCAAUGGCGGCCGGGUCCGCCGGGGUCGCCACCCCGGGCAGCCCCAUGACCCCGACCCCCGGGCGGAAGUCCCUCUCGCCGGGAGGGCCCCUGCGAGGGAUGCUCGGCGAGUCGCCGACCACGGCCGGGUCCCAUGCGAGCUCGGUGCCCACGGCGCGGCCUGUUCGCGCGGCCGCCCUGGCUGCGGCACACCAGCUGCAUAUGACCGUCGGCGGGGGCGCCCCCUGGCCACCGCUGCCGGAGCUGGGGCCUGCCUCCGGGGUCCGAGACAUUGCCAUCAACAUGCAGUAUUUGUGGCCCCGGUGUGGGGUCCGUCUUGUUGGCCACGAGGGGCCGGUUACUUCGUUGGAGUUCUCCAGUGACGGCCGGCGCCUGUUGACCGGCCCGACCGAGGGCAUGCCGCGGGUGUGGUCCUUCGAUGAGCAGACCGGCCACUGGGUGUCAAUGUCUCUCAACCUCCCUCCUUCGGUCAUGCGCGACGACUCCUUCAAACUCCCCCCGCGCGAUGCCACCCUGGUCACAUCCUUCAUUUGGUCCGAGGACAAUAGCUGGGCCAUUUGCGCCAUGUGGGACAACACCAUUCGCGUGUGGGACGCCAACACUUCGGAAUAUCUCUUCUGCCUGUCCGGGCAUGAGAACCAUGUGUUUGUGCUGGUCCUGCACCCGGUGUACCCGAGUUUGAUGAUGUCAGCGGGCUAUGAUGGGCGCAUCAUUUUGUGGGAUCUGGUGUCUCGGCGGAUGUUGGCCGCACACCAGCUGCCCCCCUCGUCCUAUGCCACGUCGGCGGUGCACGACCCGCCGGGGCCCGGCGGCGGGAAUGCCGCGGCCCCGGGCGGCCCCGGGGGCCCGGGCGACCCGGCCACCGCAGGCCCGGUGGCUCGCAGCGACUUCACCGGCCCCGGAUCCGUCAUGUCGGAUCAGGUGUAUGACGGGCGCUUUUCCCCCUGCGGCCGGUACUUCUGCGUGGCCGGUCGCGAAAAUACCCUGCAUCUGUUUGGGCUGAUGGGGGCCGACCCGGGGCUGGUGCCGGAGCUGACCGUCGGCGGUCUUCCCGGCCGACUGGCCACCACCCCCUAUGCCCGGACCCCGGCACAGCAGUUCUUCGUCAAUGACUACCUGGGACUGACCAGCGGGCCGGCCGCACUGCCGGGCCUGGCUCCGGGGCACGAAAACCCCCUGGCCUAUGUGGACACGACAAGUGGUCCGCUGCCCUUCCACCUGUUGCAGCACAAGUCCAUCGUCAAUGCGAGCAUGCAGUCGCUGGAUGCCAACCGUGACCCCCAUUUCGGCCUCGACCUGCCGACACGCUGUCCAGACGACAUGCUGGCCGGCCAGGACCGCCACAACCUGGUGCUCUUCCUCAGCGAGUUACACGAUUUUGUGCCCGAACUCAACCAGCUGGAUCACCUCCGACGCCUGCCCGGGUAUUCGGCCCAGCGGCAGCUCGAGGCGCAGGUCUUCUCCGUGGCCGAGGGGUCGGGCGCCGGUCGGCGCACCUAUCCUCGAGUUGUGGAGAUCGACAGCGUGGAGUUUGCCCGGGGGAUCGGCGGCGUGGCCGAUGUCCAGCCGGCCCUGACGGCCGGGCCGGGCCGCCACGCCGGGGGUCCUGGGCACCAGCGGGGCCUGGCUCUCGGCCGACGGCCACGCCUGCUGGUGCCGAGCCCGGCAGCCAUCAGUGCCAGCGCCGCGCUGAGCACCCUGCCAGCCUCGGUGGAGUAUGUGCUGAGUCCGGCGCUGCCGGCUGCGCGGGAUGCCGCCCUUGCCGGGUGGGGCCCGGCCGUGGACUCCGGGCCCGGGGCCACCAAUGGCGGCCCGGGGUCGGGGGAUCUCCUGCCGGAGCCGAUUCAGGUGGGCGCCCCGGCGGCGGAUUUCCUCCAGUCCGGGGCUCCCAUCAUUUCGCCCCUGCUGGCGGUGGCCAUGCCGAAUGCCCUGACUCUCGGGGCGGGGCUCGUGGCCCAGGCCCAGCAGAAUGCCCUGCUGCUUGGCCGCGAGCGGGCCGCCCGGCCAGACAGUGGCCAGAACCCCGCCGGCCCGGGGCCCGGGCUGUCCUUGCCGGCCCCCUCGCGCGGGCCGGGUUCCUCCGGGGCGGUUGCCGGGAUGACGCCUCCUGCGCGCCGGCGUGGCCGGCCCCCGGGCACCGGGCACCUGCAGAUGGCGGCGGCGGCGGCGGCGGCGGCGGCGGCGGCGACGGCGGCGGCGGCGACCGCAACGCCGGCAGCCGUGGCAGCAGCCGCGGCCAGCGCCGUCACAGCACCCGGCCCCCUCGACGAUGGCCCCGGCCAGGCGGCCGUGGCCGGUCUCUCGUCGCAAGGCACCGGCGGCGGCUCAGGCCCCGCCGGCUCGGGGGGCGACCCUGCCAGCGGCCGGCGGCGGUCGCGCCGCCAGCGUGCCCAGCUUGGCUUCACCCUGGACGGCGAGGAUUUCGAGACCAGUGUGGCCGAUCAGCAGGCGGCCCCGGCGCCGGCCCCGUCGGCUCCGGCGCGCAGCUCCCGUGGCCGACUCCUCCGGACCUCCACCACCCUGGACUACAGCGGCAUGGAACUUCCGGAGGAGGAGGGCGUUUCACGGGGCGCGGGCGGGUCGGAUGUGGAGGACUUCGAGCCGGAUCCCCUUGACCAGGAUGAUGAGGCCCCGGUGCGGGUGCGCUCGCGAGCCGACUCCCUGGGUACUUGGGGGGAUGCAUCGCCGCCGGCCACCGGGGCAGCAUCUACCCGGUCGCGUAGACGUGCCCCGGCCUCGGGCUCGUCCUCCGGCGGGGUGCAGGCGCACGCGCCUGCGACCCGGGGGUCCAGCCGCUCACGGCGGCAUCGGACCCUCGGUCCGCCAGCCGGCCUGUUCAGUGCCGAUGAGGAGGAGGAGCACCAGGAGGAGGAGGAGGAGGUGCGGGCGCCGACCCGGCGGCUCCGCCGGCCUGGGGCAUCUCUCGGGCGGCUGGCGGCGCCUCGGCCGGCCAGCCCGCCGGCCGUUUCGGCACGAGAGUCCGGGCGCCUGCGCCUGCGGCCGCCCUCGCGCGGCCACUCGCCGGCCGUGCAUGCCAACUCGCGUGGCGGUUUUUCCUCGUCCUCCGAUGAGGAUGCCGACGAGGACAAUGGGCUGGAGGAGCAGGAUGAGGACAUCAUUGUGGACGGGGGCUCGGCGGUUGGCAGCGAUGUCGAGCCCGAUCCGGACUUCGACCUUUCGCGCUGGCGCGACCAGUACCCUGAUGCCUGGCGCUGGGUGACGAACAACUCGCCGGACAUGAGCCCGUACCAUCCUCAGAUGAACGACGUCGUCUACUUCUUUGUCCAGGGAUACACCCGAUACAUGGAGGAGUUGAUGGCCUUCGCCCAGGCACAUGGCGAUGCGCGCUUGGUUCACCGCCACGAGGCAGCCACGCUGGACCUGGUCCGGCAGCUGGGCGCCUGCUCGCGGUUCAUGGUCAAGCGCAUCGCCUACCGGGUGUUUGAUUUGAGCCUGGCCCAGGAGGGCAGUCUGCCGGGAGGCCCGGCAGCGCCCGGCCGCCUGCCCACCGCCCGGCCCCUGCAGCCGGUUGUCUGCGAGCUGGUGCUGGAGCUGCUCAAUCCCGAUGUGCAGUUUGGCAGUGCCCAGCCGGUCACUUCGGCGCUCAUGCGCCGGCACCCUCGCGCCCCGCCCGUGACCAUGACAUUGCUGUAUUGCGACCGUCCGAAUUUGGCGGACUUCCUGGUCCUGGCGUCGGCCAUCGACCGGAUCAUCUGGCCAGCGGACAUGGGCCCGGCCGAUCAGGUCAUCGAUCUGUCCCCGAGCGAGCAGCUGCAGCUGCAGCUGCCCGGGGUCAAUGAUCGCAUCUUUGGGCACUAUGGCCAGUGGCUUCCGGCGCUGGUGACCGACAUCAGUCCCUGUGACCAGCGUUUCCCCUCCUCACCCUGGCAAUGCUUCUCCGUCAGCUGGAGCCGUGGCGGGUCGGACCGACUCAGCCCGUGGGAGGUGGCCACCUCGCAGGGGGCGGUCGGCAUCCUGAGCCGGCCGCCUGAGCGCAUCACCGACAAGGUGGCCCAAGCGGUCAAACGUCGAAUUGAUCGGCUCUUCCGCGCCGAAUUGUCGGAGCCCUUCCGCACGGCGGUCAACUAUGCCGAAUACCCGCAGUACUUGCAGGAGAUCGCGUAUCCGACCUUCUUGGCGCAAAUUCGCGAGCGCGUGGACCGACGAUUCUACCGGCGCACGGACUCCAUCCGGUGGGAGGUCUUGCAGAUGGAGCUCAAUGCCCGGCAGUUUAAUGACGAGGACUCGGACAUUGUCCGGAGCGCGUCGUACAUUUCGGCCGAGCUGCUGGCCGAGCUGGAUCGCCUGGACCGAGAGGCCGGGGACCGUGGCGGCCGGGAGGGCGGCGGCCCGCCGGGCGGGCCCCUUCCCCCCGGCGGAGGAGCCGGGUUCUCCUCGCACCCCGGGCCCGGGCGUGGUGCCGAGUCGUCGCCCCAGCCGGGCCCUUCCGGGUCUCCGGGCGAGGGGGGCGGCCGUUCGCGUCCCGCCCGCGCGGCCUCCUUCGGCGGCCGGUAUGCGUCAUUCAUGUCGCCGCAGUGGCCGACGGCCCUGCCUCCACCGGGGCUGGCCCAGGCGCUGGUGCCCCUCCUGGAGGCGGCCGGGCCGGCGCCGCAGCAGGCCCCCCAGCAGCCUUGGCAUUUGGUUCCUCCGGAGCCGGCCGCCGGGGGUCCGAUUGGGCAUGUCCCACGGCCGGACCCCGGCACCGGGGUCUUGUCCUCGGUGCUGUCCAUGUUGCUGGCCCCCCCGACCGGGUCGGCUGCCGCUCGGUUUGCCCCCGGGACUUCCUCUUCCUCCUCUUCCUCCUCGCCCGGGCCUCUGCCUGGGACGUUUUUUCGCUCGCCGCCGUCGGACAUGGUUGUCGAGACGCCCCCUCACGCGCUGGCCCCGGCGCGCGGCGGUGGCGGCCCCGGCGGCGGCAUGCUCCUCGACAGCAGCAUCAGCAUCAGCACUGGAGGUCCAUUUGGUGUUGACAUGCUCGGCGGUCAGUCCGCAUCCCAGUACACCGUGUCGACUGGCCGGCAGGCGGUUGUUCCAGCGGUGCUGAGCCCGUCUUUGGGGCUUCGGCCCGGGCCCGAGCACCUCGCCGGCCCCAGCCAUCCCCAAGCCCCGCUUGUCGCCCAUCAUCAUCACUAUCCUGGCCACCAGCCGCUGCCGCCGCCGCCGCCAUCGUCACACCAGCAGCAACAGCAGCAGCACCACCACCAUCAACAGCAGCAGCAGCAGCAGCAGCAACACUACCAGCAUCAGCAUCAGCAUCAGCAUCAGCAUCAGCAACACUACCAGCAGCAGCAGCAGCAGCCGCAGCAUUUGUUGUACCCAGGUGAAAGCCCUGGCGGGCUCCUCCCACCGAUGGGGACCCCUCCCUUGGCGGCUCCCCACGGCGGGGAGCUUACAGCGCUCUUGCACGCGCCCUUGCCACCCGGCGGAGUGUCGGCUCCGUCAGUCACAUCGCCCCCAGUUCACAAUGUGGCGGGUGUGCUCCGGCCGGCGGGCAACUAUUCGCCUCAACCUCUUCUCCAGGCAUCGCAGCCGAAUGAUGCAGGGGACCUGAUGUGGCAGCAGCUGCAGGUUCUCCUGCAGCAGCAGCAACAACAACAACAACAGCCGCAGCACUUUGUCCCGCAGCAGCCACAUCCGAUCCAGCACCAGCACCAGCAAGUGGCCGGGUUGGCGGACCUGGUCGGCCCCCUUCAAACGCCCCUAGCCCCGCCGAUUCUGACGCCGGUCCAGGCGCCCAUGUCGUCUGGUGUGCUUUCGACGCCGGUUCCCGCGCCGGGCCCGGCCGGGUACACCCCCCCGCCUCGAGCGGCCGGCCUGCAUCCGCACCCGGCCCUGCACCCGCACCUACACCCGGCCCUGCACCCGCACCUACAACCGGCCCUGCACCCGGCCCUGCACCCGGCCCUGCACCCGGCCCUGUCUCAGUCUCCGCCGCAGCCGUACCUGCCGCUGCAGGUGUCGCAUCACUCCCCCGCGCGCCCGCCGGGGCUGUCUCCGCUGGAGGUGUACCCCGAUCCGAGCACCGGGCAACUCCCCCCCGGGGGCGCGACGCCCGGGCACCUCCUGUUGCAGCAGCGCCCUCCGGGGGCUGAUGCCGGGUCGCCCCCCUUCCCGUGACAUGUGGCUUUCCCUUACAACAUGCGCGCGCCCAGAGGCGCACCACCUCGGCCAUGGCCGACACGCAUGCAUCUUGUCCUUGAAUCCCCUCGCGAUGAAUACACACGCCUACACGCCCGCA